AUGUCUGAGAAUCUUUCAACUACCAUGUCAUCCAGCAUAACGAUUCUUCUUCCGCCACUCCUGCCUGUCACUGAAAAUGAUCAUGGUGCUUGGGUUAUCACGGUGAGCACUAUUCUACUUAUUAUUACUAUCCUCGCGACAACAGUGACCGUGAUAUCUCGCAUCCGCGUUUUACGCAAAGUUUCCUGGAGCGAUUCCACUCUAUUUCUCAGUUGUGUCAUAUUCAUCCCUCAGACUGUGUGUGUGAAUGUAGCCAGCGCCCAUGGUAUUGGCAAGCACCGAUAUGCAUUGAGCAAUGCCUCAUUUGAAAAAUACAGCAAGGUAGGAAAGUUAGGCACUUACCCCGAAAGGCUAUAUUCUAACACAAUCAAGAUGCUCUUCGUUAGUAAACUCCUCGCCAUUCUCGUCUUGGGAUGCUCCAAGGCCGCCGUUGCACUUCUGGUCCUAUCCUUGCAACCAUUUGAGAAAAUAACGCUCGCAUGCAAACUUGUUUUGGGCUUUAUCAGUACCUGGACCCUAGCCUCACUAAUAGCGCUCGGAAACCAGUGUGAUCAACCGCAACCGUGGAACUCCAGCCCCGAGCGAUGCGUGGAUCAAGAAAUGUUAUAUAUCGCACUAGGAGGCAUCCACAUGUUAUUAGAUGUGGUAAUUAUUGGGCUGCCAGUGGCUCUACUACGUCAAGUCCAGAUAAUACGGUGGAAGCGCCACCAAAUCUCUGCCCUGUUUGCGAUGCGGAUUCUAGUUCUUGCCCUGACCAUUGCUGGCCUACGCUCCCUCCGACCACUCUACGACUCCAAACCCAUAGAUGAAACAUGGAAUGGCCUCAUGCCAGCCAUCUGGUUACAAUUAAUCCUCAGCUCCUCAAUUAUCUGCACAUGCAUCCCAACGCUGAAACGGGUCCUCGCCGAGCUCCAGACAGGCAUGAUGGCCGGUGUAGUUUCAGACUUCUUUGAGCAGUCCGUCUCAGGUCACACCAACUCGGGAGAUCGAUCAGCGUCCCAGUCUGACAAUGCCGUUGGACAGAGAUCAGGAUCAGGGUCGGCGUCCCGCUCCCAAAUUCGAAAGGACUCGCUCGAGGUCGAAAGUGUGGAUAGUCAAAAGAAGUCGCGCGCAAAUGACACCGUGCAAACGAUCGACUAUGAGGCCUUUUACGAAGGACCUGAUUCUUCUAGGGCCUCUUCUUCCCAUAACUAUGUGAGCGAUUCCCCGAGUAUAUAUUCACAAGGUGGAAUCUGA